ACAAAAAAAAAAAAAAAAGAAAAGAAAAGAAAACGAAAAGAGAAAAGACCAGCCAAGUGGAGCCCAGAAAGGCAUCGUGUGGCAUGGGCGCAUCUGAAUCAUUUUCCAUCCUUCCUUCCUGCCUUCCUGUGCCUUCCUGCCCUUUCCUUAACCGUCCGUCGCCUGGGCCCCAUUCUCCACCACCGCUAGGCCCCUUUCGUUAGUGUCAACGUCGUCGGGUGUCAUCCCAACGUGUGUACAGUAAAAUGGGAUCGUGGAGCUGGGGCGGAUGGUAGAUCAAGCAAUGCGUUCCACUUUCGUGUAUCACUCCCCCUAGUUCUUGGGUCUGGGUUGGCGUAAAUUCUAAAUAAUAAAAAUUAGAAAAAAAAAAAUGAAAAUCGAAAAAGAAAAUCAUAAAUCAUAAAUAAAAUCAAAAUCAUAUGGAACAUGCCUGAUUUAGGUAAAUGUCCUCUCCACUUUGCUGCCGGUCCGUCAGGGUAUGUUACUCAACUAGGCACUGGGGAACUCUGCUACCUACUUAGGAGGAGGCACUUGCUUCCUGUACCUUGCCUCAAUGCCUUGUGACCCUCUCACCCCUGUGUCAUCUUGGAAUAGAUAAGUCUCGAAUCCCGAUCUUAUUAUUGCAUCUUGCAUGCCUGCAGUUAUCCAUGGAUCCUAUCUGCAUUUAAUCUUCCUUAUAACCUCUGCCUUCACUUGCCCACACCUCUUCCCUCUUCUUUACUCUUCUGCCUACUACUUUCUUCUGGGUGCAACUAUGUUCAUUCGCAACGACCAUUGUAACCCCAUCUCUUCUUAAAUACGUGACUCCUCCUUCAAUCAACCUUUCCUUCCAUCAACCAUCCGACAGCCUUCUCAUCUAUCACCGUCUCAAUGGCCGACUGCUGGCAACCUCAGCCCUCGUGGGCUGGCUCUCACUGGUAUCAAGGCCAGCCAAGCCUACGCUCAUCGACCUUCCGUAACCUGGUCUCUGCCUUUCCACGACCUAGACAGACAGGUCGAGUGACGAAACCCCGCAGCGCCGGCAACAGUCCGACCUAUACUGGUAGAAGGAGGACAACGGUGUCCAACAGCUCACCAAUGUACCGUCACCUACCGACUCAGGACUACCAAGCGCCGUAUGAUCCAGCUCUGCUGGCUGCCGCCUUUCACCGAAGCACGGCUACUCGACCAACUAGCUGGCACCCAGCGUCGCUAGGAACCGUCACCUACCCGGAGAACUUCCCGACCACUGCUCAGAAUAACAUGGGAGUCAUGGAGAUGGCGUCGCAACCACUGGAUAUUUCACCUCCCGUUAUGACGAACGGGAACAUGUUGCAACCAUAUCCGCUAUCCAAUAUCCCGAUGUCGAAUGAUCCCUGCUUCCCUGACAUGCAAUACACGACGCCGAUUCAACAACCAUCGUUCAUGGAAAUGAGUGCCUCGCAGGUGGAUCCGAUCGCAUGGGAUACCAACGAAGCUCACACGUCAAGCAUCAACCAGCCCAUGUCCGAUAACUGGGCCUUCGACAUGAUGUCAAUGAACAACAGCAUGCCCUCGGCCGAUGUGGGAGGAUCCGGUUACGCGAGCGCACCGUCAUCCGGUUGCUUAUCUGGCCCUUCCACCCCCGACUUCCUCCCCAUCCAGCAGCCCGACGAUAACUCGCUGCCAUUGUCCGCCGCUCCCAAGCCGAAAGUCGAGGAAGAACUGGUCGGAAUGGGUCUUUACAACCACCCUGAAUCUCUUUUUGAAACAUCGUUCGAAGGUCUGCCGGGCAAGGGUCUCAAGUUGGAGGAGACUUUUACGCCGUCUGCGGAGAAUGAGGCGGAUGACACCAAGGAUGCCGAAAACGAGGACGAUGACGAACAAGAAACCGGCACGGAACAGAACCCUGCUCACAUUCAGCCGUCGCUUUACCAGCCCGUCAAGUCGACGGGAAACAUGAUGCACAAGUCAUUCUUUUUCGACGAUGACGACCUCGAUCAGCAUGCUGUUCCUGCAUCCCAGCAGAUCUUCAACCUGGGCAGUCAGCCUUGCAUGAAUUACGGAUAUGGAUGGAUUUAAUCUGUCCGCGCGCAAUCUUUUGCUUGCUUCUCUUUGUAUUUUGAUAGCUUUCAGCGAUGCAUAGCGUGGUGUUUUUGAGUUUUAUGGCGUUACUUUGUAUGAAUGGGAUACCCAAGGAUGGCUGUCUGAACACUUUUUUAGC